UAUAAAUUGUUGUGCGCCGUUUGCUUAUUUGCAGUUUAGUUCUUUCCUACAAUCACAAUUUGACCAGUGAAAUGGAAAAGAUUUCGAUUUUGUUAACUAUUUUUUCCUGUUUACUAUUCAUCAGCUGUUUGGUCCACGCUCAAAGCCAACGAUUACAGCGUUACAAUGUAAAUCCUUCCACCGUCACUGUUUCGGGAAUAUCAGCCGGAGCGGCUAUGGCCACCCAAUAUCAUUUUGCUCAUUCGUCCGAAGUGUUCGGAGUUGGAAUGAUUGCUGGACUUCCGUAUAAUUGUGCUUCCGGUGGUCUAGUCGCGGCUACAAUGUGCAUGUCCCUUCCGAAUACCGUCAACGUUAAUAAUCUAAUCUCGCAAGCGAAUACGCAUGCAUCGAACAAUAUGAUCGAUCCGACUUCGAAUCUGCGAGGCGACAGAGUCUUCAUUUUCCAUGGCACCGUUGACUCGACAGUUUUACCAGCAUCUGGACGGAAUGUCGAAACAAUGUACAGACACUUCGGAGGUCAAAUAAGAAGCGAAUUUUCCAUAGCUGCUUCCCACGGAUUUCCAACACACAAUUUCGGGGCUGCUUGUUCCGCUUCGUCAGCGAAUACCGCAUGGAUCAACAACUGCGCUUAUAGAGGGGCGUAUCAGGUCUUAAACUAUUUGUACGACGAUAGUUUAAUAUUGCCAGCCGAUAACGCAGCGGUUCCCGGCAAUCUGAUUACUUUCGACCAAGCUGAGUUUUUCAAUUGGAAUCCUAGUUUGUCGGCCAUGGCCAGAGAUGGUUUUGUAUACGUUCCGACGGCAUGCCAAUACGGAGCACCAUGCAGACUUCACAUUGCCUUCCAUGGAUGUCUGCAGAGCAGCGCUAACGUUGGAAAUACAUUUGCACUGAGAGCUGGCUACCUCGAAACAGCAGAAGUCAAUAAUAUUAUCGUUCUGUUCCCCCAAGUCAUUGCAAAUCUAUCGAAUCCAAAUGCCUGUUUCGAUUGGUGGGGUUAUCUGAACAUGUUUUUCGCAACGAGAACAGGCAAUCAAGUGUUGGCCACUCACCGAAUGAUGAGCCGUAUACUUAGAGGCUAAGUGAACAAACAUUGAAAUGAGGAAACUUUGAUAAUAAGUCUUUGCUAUUGAUGCCUGCUACUGAUGCCCAACUGUUGUGGCCGAAAAGAUACAAAUUAAAAAAAUUUAAUUAAA